GGCGCGCUAUGGCAAAGUUGCGGAUUCCAGAUCACAAGAACCAGUCGCAUCAUGCCGCGACCGCAAGGGUUGGCAUCUAUCUAGGCGUGGCGAUACCAUUGCUGAUCCUGGGAGUCGAAGGAGCCUUUAACAAAGACACGCAGGCCAGGAUCCUGUAUUGGGACAAGUUAUUACUCGUGUAUGCAGGGUUGUUCUUGACGAUCCUUUUUGCAUGCCUUUUCGGUAUCAACAUGCUCAUGUUGCAUACUUCUACCCCCUCAUCGCCAUGGUCACCAUACUUGCGAUUUUGCUCUGUCCGCUGCCAAUCGCCAACUGGAGUGCGCGGAGAUGGUUCCUGCAGAGUACUAGACGGCUUAUCGUCAGCGGAUAUUACAGUGUCGAGUUCCGGGACUUUUUUUUGGGGGAUGAGAUGAACUCGCUCGCGUAUUCCAUCGAGCAGUUUGAACUUGCCAUCUGCGCAUAUACACAGGAGUGGAAUGACUUGGCACGAAAAUGCGACACAAGUCAUAUCUGGUUCACACCAUUUGUGACAUCCAUUCCUGCAUGGUUUCGUCUCAUACAAUGCCUUCGCCGUUACCGCGACACGCAGUGGCUUCCGCACUUGAUCAAUUCUGGCAAAUACUUUAUGACGCUGGCGCAACUCUUUACCUAUUUUUUGUAUCGCCACUAUUCUAGUUCGCAGCACCGGACUGUCUUCGUUGUGGUCUCAAGUAUAAUGAGCCUCUAUACCUACUCAUGGGAUGUCUACAUGGAUUGGGGACUGUUUCGAUUCGGGAGACAUGGUGGCGGUGCCUAUGGACAUCCUUUCUUAAGAGCCGAAUUGGUCUAUCCUCACCAAUGGGUUUAUUAUCUGGCGAUUGUUCUGAAUUUCUUUGGAAGGUUCGCGUGGGUGCUCAGAUUGGCACCCUUUAAGAUCAACGCCUUUGCGCUUUCAUUUAUUAUGGCCUUGAUUGAGGUCCUCCGUCGCUGGAUAUGGAAUUUUUUCCGCCUGGAGAACGAACAUCUCAACAACUGCGGCCAGUUUCGUGCAAUUAAGGACAUCCCCCUGCCUUUCCAUAUCCGCGUGGAAGGUGAAUCUGAGGAGGAGAAGGGUGACGAGGGAGAAGGAUGGAAGAGCCACGAACAAGGCGACCAUGAGAGAGGAGCUGCAGUCAAGUCCCAGGGAGAGCAUGACUUGGGGGUACUUGCCGGAGAAAGUGGAUCUACAUCCAAGGCCCCUGGCACUGACACGGCCUCUCGCUCCCGUCGCCAAGGUCUGUCACGGUCGGCGAGCUCUCGUAGUGGAAGAGGCGCUGCUCUUCAAAUCGAGCCUGAGGGGCAUGCAGGGACUAGUCAAGCCUCUGUUCAUUCUGCAGCCAAGCCCACAGGCAGUGUCCAUCGGAAAGCGCCCAGGAGACGACCCAGCCAAACCUCAGAGGGGCCCUUUGGUAUUCAACGCAGCAAUUCGUUUGUGGAUCAAGCGAUGACGGAGGCGGGGAUUGACGCUCUCCAGAAAGAGCAUCUUACUGCCUUGAACAAAUUUUAUGACCGCCGCGACUUUGAUACGAAGAUCAUCGAUGCUCCUCAUGAACCACUCAAGCCCGGGACGCGGCCGAACACAGUAGGUUCGUCCAGGUCACUAGGCAUAGGACUGGCUAACGACGAGCAGGACGGCGCCAGUAAUGUGAAUAAUGCAGCAGAAGAUGGACGUCAAAGAAGAUGCGGGCACGUCCAUUUUAAUUGGGGAGAGGAUUCAGAUGAAGAGGAGGAUUCAGAUGAUUAUGAUGAGGCAUAGACCCUGAGAAACGACAUCAAUCAUAGCAUAAUACAUAUCACGUCUACGACAUCAAUCGUAUGCAACAUAUCACGCCCACGACAUUAGAGCGGUUGUAUUCAAUAGAAAUGCGAUUGGCUGUUAUGUUGCUACUACGCUAAUGUUACCACCAAAAUAUGUUCUUUUUGUUUCUUG